UCACUCAGACGGUGGUCGGGGUCAUUUCAGUCCAGCUCGUAGUGUGUCAGGUCAUUCUUGGUACCUGUACGUGUUUAUUAUGGCGGGACGUUUUCUUCUCCGAGCUUGUACAACAACAUUACAGCUGAGGGGCAAUGCGGUGGCCAGACCGCUACACCGAGCCAUGGCCACGGCGAAAGGAAUACCAUCAGAUGAAGAACAAGCCACUGGACUGGAGCGACGUAUCCUGCAGGCCCUCAAACAUGGAAAGGAUCCCUACAGUAUACUGAAGCCCAAGACGUAUGCUGGCACCAAGGAGGACCCUCACAUUGUGCCGUGCAUUGGAACCAAGAGGCUGGUGGGCUGUCUUUGUGAGGAAGACAACACUGCUGUUGUGUGGUUCUGGCUUCAUGAGGGAGGUGCCCAGCGCUGUCCUUCCUGUGGUUCCCACUACAAGCUGGUCCACCAUGAGCUGCCACACUGAAACUAAACUAAACACAAGCUCUUCAGAAACGGGACGGCACAGUCGUGCCUUUUUGCCUCGUUCAUGGCCAUAUACUCCAAUGUGUGCUUAUCAUUAAACAUGCACAGUUUAUCAUUAAAAUGUAAACCUGAACUGUC